AUGUCGGUGUGGAAUCCAGAGAACGUGGUGGACGUCGCGGAGUCAAUCGGCAUAGCAUCUCUCAACCGUGAUGUCGUGGAGCACCUGGCAAGAGACGUGGAAUACCGCAUGAGUCAAGUCCUGAACGAGGCACUCAAAUUCAUGCGCCAUGGCAAACGGACGACUCUCAACACACAAGACAUCUCGCAAGCACUACGACUGCUUGAUGUGGAGCCUCUAUACGGAUACGAGAGCACGCGACCUUUGCGAUUCGGGGAAGCCAGUAUUGGGCCGGGACAACCACUCUUCUACGUGGAGGACGAGGAGGUGGACUUCGAGAAGCUCAUCAAUGCGCCUUUGCCUAAGGUGCCCCGGGAGAUGAGUUUCACCGCGCAUUGGUUGGCGGUCGAGGGUGUGCAGCCGAGUAUACCACAAAACCCUCUCGCGGAUCCGCGUUCGGCUGAGUUGGCGGCCAAGGGCUCGGGAGCGAAUAGUACGCUUGCGGCUGUGAGUGGGAAUGAUAAUGUUUCGGUCAAGCCGCUGGUCAAGCACGUCCUUUCGAAAGAGUUGCAGCUUUACUUUGAACGGAUCUGCUCUGCUAUUCUGGACGAGAACAAUGACGAGUAUCGUUCGGCCGCCUUCGCCAGUCUACGAACAGAUACGGGCUUGCAUCAACUUGUGCCGUAUUUUGUGCAAUAUGUGGCGGACAAAGUCACGCAUAGUCUGAAGAACAUCUUCUACCUCACGCAAUGCAUGCAGCUCAUUGCAGCAUUACUGGACAACCAAAGCUUAUACAUCGCGUCAUACAUCCCUGGCGUCGUACCCUCGGUCCUCACAUGCCUGAUAGGCAAACACCUCGGCAACGCUGCUCACGAUGGUGCUGCGACACACUUCGCUCUACGAGAUUACUCCGCCAGUCUCUUAAGCAAAAUCGCUCGCCAAUACGGCCCCAGCUCUUCAACUCUCAAACCCCGGAUUGCAAGAUCAUGCCUGAAGCACUUCCUCGACUCGCACAAGCCGUUCGGGACACACUACGGUGCUAUCCUCGGCUUGACAACAAUAGCAGGCGUGCAAGGCGUACGUGCACUCAUCUUACCUAAUUUGAAGGCAUACGAUGUCCAUCUGCAGGAGGGCAUGAAGGAUGAUGGGAAGAAGGAGCAGGCUGAGUUUGUGGUCAGGGCUAUUGUGGAUGCGUUGGAGACGUUGAAGGAGGACUCGGUUGGUGCGAUGGCGAAUGGACAUCCGGAGGGUGAGGCUCUCAGGGAGAGGUUGGUGGAGGUUUUGGGGGAAGUUGUGGGGGGUCGGGUGGCUGAGAGGGGGGAUGUUGGGUUGGUUGGGGCUGUGCUGGAGAAAGAUAUGGUGGUGUGA